AUGGCACCGGGUACCUCGGCGCCAGCGGCCUUGCUGUUACUCCCUCCACCCCCGUCAUUUUCUUUGCAUCCCCUGAAGAAGGUCUUUGAAGAACCUCUCGCAGAGGCCAUCUGCAAAAUAGUCAAAUCGCUCAAUGACCCUCAGCAAACUGCAACCCUCGAUGUGGUACUGCAGGUGCCGGGUCUGCUUUCCGCUUCAUCGAGACCUCGGGCAUCGGUCUUUGCUCCUCUACAGCAUUAUCUCUCGAGCAUCUACACGUUGAUCGGAGCAGCUGCAGCUGCUCGUCAGGUCGAAUUGGAUGCUCCAGGCGGCCUCGAUGCGCGAGUCUUGUUCACCAGCGGGCCCGACUCGUGUUCGUCUCCAUCUGGGUUGGGUUUCGGGCCCAUCGUCGACCUGAAGUCCCUGGUAACCUCGGCCCGCCAGUGGAAUCAGGUGUUCUAUCUUGGGGUCGAAUCUGGCAGGCAACUCUACCAGGACUUUCUGCGCGUGAACGACCACAACAGGUCCUGUACCAACCUUCAGGAUCAUGAGUUGUCCAACAUGAACAGCCAGUGGUCCGUUCCCUCCACUCUGCUGCAGGCGUCUCCCCCGGGUGCAACUGACCUUCGGCCUCACUACUCUGUGUGCGUCGGCGGUACAUUUGACCAUCUGCACCUGGGCCACAAACUACUCCUCACGGCGCUAGCCUUGACGGUGGAAUCACCCACCGAUGCCGAUCAACAUCAGGAAAGACUUUUGACCAUUGGUGUCACGGGCGAUGCACUUUUGAAGAAUAAAAAGUACGCUGAGUUCCUCGAGAGCUGGAGGGCCCGCUUCGAAAGCACCGCGGCCUUUCUUCGUACUAUCAUGGACUUCACUCCCCACAACAAGCCUCGAGUCGAGGAAACUCACCUCCCGGGGCCGAACGGCCACUCGAUUAUCAUGCACGUGUUGCCUCAUUUGACCUUCAAAUUUGUAGAGAUCUGGGACCCCUUCGGGCCAACUAUCACCGUGGAAAGUCUCACAGCGCUGGUUGUCUCCAAGGAGACGGCUUCAGGAGGCGUCGCCGUAAAUGAAGAGCGAUCGAAGAAGGGAUGGAAGAAUCUGACCAUCUUCGAAGUGGACGUUCUACAGACGGGCGAGGUCGCAGACGUGACGGACGUGAAUAAUUUUGAAUCUAAAAUCAGUAGCACAGAUAUUCGCCGCCGUCGCAUGAAUCUGGCCAAGGUGUGA